AUGCGGAGGGGGCGGCCGGCUUCGCCCCCGGGAGGGAUGGAAGGGGCAGGCGGUGCACCAAAUGACCUCUCCCCGCAGCCUCCUCUCCUCCCAUUCCCUUCCGAUCCUGCCCGUCCCCACAACACCGCCCAACGAAGCUCCCUCGCAGGCGCUGCGACGGAGGGAAGCGGCUCUGCCCGGACCCCCACUCCACCACCCCCAUACCCGCCUUCCCCUUCGGCCGGAGCCCUUCGCUCGCACACCGGCUGCGGGGUACCCCCAGUCGCGGGACGCUCCCCUGGCCGCGGGCACCCACGGUGUGCGGUUCGUGUGUGCGUGUACGUGUGCGGACAGACGCGUGCCCCGUGGGGAGGGGGUGUCUCCUGUGUCCCCCUCCCCGGUGCCCAAGGCAGCCCCUCCCAGGGACACAGAAGAAACGGGCGGCUCUUCCCCCGAGGAGACGGGGCCGCCGUCGCACCCCGAACCAAGGGGGGACACGGAAGGAGAAGCUGCUACUGCUCCCCCCUCUUCCCACCGCCUCCCUCUCCCCCCACCCUGUUGUUGGCCGUUGAACUCAGUUUUCAUUCUUCUGCGUGCCCCAGGCAGCCUGAGCUUGAGCAGAUCCCAAACCUCCACCUCUGGAAGCUGCCAGUGUGUCUGAAAAUGAGUCUUCAUCCAAAGAUGUCAAAGUGCUCAAGCCUCCAAACAAGCUUGUGAUGAAGAUAGUUAUCCCCGUUGUUUUACACUGGAAAGCUCAGACAGUAUUUGAGUUGCCAAAUUCACACAUUAUUCACUGGAUGAACGGGCCUAAAAGGAAAUAGCUUCUCUCCAGGGCUAUAUCCUAUGCAUUAAAGAUAGUAGCAAUACCUACUUUCUGCCAUGCGUAGUAUAUCCUAUUGAUUUUAUACACAGGUUUAAUAGAUGUUCUUCAUUUAGGUAUCUUUUCAAAUGUCCUUGCUUUAAUAAAUAAUUACUAUUCCUGUGUUUUUAUGACUUUAUCCUCUCCAGGUUCU